AUGCGUCCCCCAACCUUUGCAGCAUUCCUCCUCGCGACGGCCCUGCCCGCCAUCUCCAGGAGCCUCCGCGGCGCCAGCUCCUACGGCCUAGCAGCCCGCGAGGCCGACCUCUACGACGAGAUCUUGGCGAUAAUCAAGCGCGAAGACGCAGGCGGCGCCGCCGCUCCGGUUGCCAGCGACGGCGGCGGCGGCGGCGGCGGCGAGGGUGGACAGCAGCAAGCGCCGCCUGCGCCAGCCAAGGAUGGAGCAGACGGAGCAGCUCCCCCACCACCGGCCAAGGAUGGUGCUGCACCGCCGCCGCCGCCCGCAAAGGAUGGUGGCGACGCGGCGCCUCCCCCGCCUCCGCCUCCCCCCGAGGGCAAGGCCAAGGGCAAGGACGAUGGAAAGGGCAAGAAGGGCAAAGGUGGAGACGAGGCCGAAGGCAAAGGCAAGAAGGCAAAAGGUGGUGACGAUGCCCAGGGCAAAGGCAAGAAGGGCAAGGGCGGUGAUGAGGCCAAGAGCAAAGGCGGCGACGAUGCCGAGGGCAAAGGAAAGAAGGCCAAGGGCGGAGACGACGGCGAGGGCAAGGGCAAAAAGGCCAAAGGCGGAGACGACGGCGGAGGCAAAGGAAAGAAGGCCAAGGGCGGAGACGAUGGCGGAGGCAAAGGAAAGAAGGCCAAGGGAGGUGACGAUGCCCAAGGCAAGGGCAAGAAAGGCAAAGGGGGAGAGGCCGGUGGUGAGGCUGGCGGGGAGGGCGGGUCCAAGGGCGACGGCGCAGCCAAGGGUGAGGCACCCGCGGCAGCCCACCGCCGCCGCAGGCUCACGCCGCGCAUGACCAAGUUCCCGGGCGAGAAGAAGCGCUGUGCGAGAAAGGUCAACCGCGACUGA